AACACCCGUGGUUAGUCCGUACUCUAGCCUGUAAUUACCAACAAACAAACAACUUCAACAACAUACAGAAAUUAUACAAUGGCUACUUCUCUCUAUCAAUCUCUAUUGGCUUGUUCUUCAUCUUCUUCUUCUUCUUCUUCUUCUUCUUCUUCAUUCUCUUCAAAAUCUCCAAAACCACCCAAUUUCGUUCAUUUUCCAUCUCGCCCCUUUUACGCCUCCAACACCAUCUUAGGGUUUCCAACUCUCAAUUCAACCUCCUCCCUCUUCGCUUCCAAAGAUUCCUUUCCAACUACAAAUGAUAAAACAGACGAGACGCGGAAUGGUGAAGAUAAACAAGAUUUACCAAGCUUAUUGGUCCUUAUUAAAGCAUACAAGAAAGCCUUUCUUAACAGCGAUAGGAAGACGGCAUUGUUGAUUGAAGAAAUUAUACACUCAAAGGCAAAUGAAAGGAAUAAAUUGAUUCAAAAAGCAUCUACUCUAUCGGUGGAUAAAGUUUCUUGUAAGGAGCAAUAUCUUCGUUUGCAAGCUGAUUUUGAUAACUUUAGGAAAAGAUGUGAGAAGGAAAGAAUUAGCAUUCAAUCGGAUGCCCAACAAGAAUUCGUUAAAAAACUUCUGUUGAUGGUGGACAGUUUUGAGAGAGUUAAACAACAGAUUGAAGCGGAAACGGAGAAAGAGAAGAAGAUUGAUGCGAGCUAUCAAAGUCUUUACAAGCAAUUUGUAGAGACUUUAAGGAGUCAUCAUGUUUCUGUGGUUGCAACAGUGGGCAAGCCUUUUAAUCCCUUGCUACAUGAAGCCGUUGGACGUGAGGAGUCCGAAGUGUUUAAGGAAGGGAUUAUAAUUAAAGAAUCCCGUCGAGGUUUCAUGCUCAAAGAUAAGGUUGUAAGGCCAGCACUUGUGAAGGUUUCCUUAGGUCCCGGGAAUAAGAAAUCUUCAGUGGCACCUACCCAGUCCUUGGAGCAGCCAUCAACAGCUGCUAGAAUUGAUGAAAGAUAAUCUCUUGAACUUUCUCUCUUAUUCAUCAAAAGCCUAGUUCCACCUGCUUACCUGGAAUCUUGUCAUCGGUAAACUUGAAAUGCUUCUGUUGUUCUAUCGGUAUGUUGGCCCCAAGUGAGUAUAGUCUAUGAUAUGCUUCUAUUGAAACUGCACUGCAAUUUUCGUUUCAUUGCUGAAAAAGGGAAUUCAUUUUGAUCAUGAAAAAUUUAUGAAUUUAUUGGACAGUCCAUUUUUAUAAACCAGAAAUUGUUCUUUCUUGAAAUUUUCUGUUGCUAUUGUCCAUCAUGUUGAUGUGUAGAGUUUUUACAACAUUUAA